GUCGUUAUUUUGAUUUCAACAUGUCUGACGAAGAUCACAGAUAUGAAGUAUAUGACACACUUACUAAUAUGCUGAAUGAAAUUGAUGAUUUACCAUUACAUCCGAAAAACAAAAUUCUCUUAUACAGCCGUUAUGUGCUUUCCAAAAUCUCUUGGCACUUCACUGUUUCUGACAUAGGCAAAACCUGGGUUAACGAUAAACUAGAUAGUAUCGCGUCCACGUAUAUCCGGAAAUGGCUUGAACUUCCUAUUUCUGCAACCCUUAGUAACGUCCUACUUCCCCACAAUAAAUUUGGAUUAAAUAUCAUUCUACCUUCAACCAAAUUCCUUCAAUGCCAAACUGUUUCUCGGAAAGCUCUAAAGUCGUCGCCAAAUGAAGCGAUCAAUAACCUUUGGAAGGAUACUAGCAAUCACAAAAAUGUACAAUAUGACAAAUACAAAAACACCAAGGACGUAUUAAACACCAUCAGGAAACAACAUGAAGACAAGCUUCAACACCACCUCAUUUCACAAGGCUCAUUUUUCUCCAAUAUCAUUAAACAUUCUACACUCUCAUUCAACUCUAUAUGGUCCUCCGUUCAGAGUAAACUUCCCAAGAAUAUAUUUAAUUUUACUAUCCGGUAUAUAAAUAACACUCUUCCGACUAGCAAAAACCUUCAGAAAUGGGGAAUAUCACCAACAUCCGAAUGUUCGUUCUGUUUGAAUCCCGAAUCACUUGUCCACGUCGUCGCUGGAUGCAAGACCUACCUAAAUGAAGGACGUUUCACGUGGCGUCAUGAUUCGGUGCUUAAUUUCAUAGCAUCCAUACUAAAAUCUGUGAAUUAUUCUAACCUUUAUGCUGACCUUCCUGGCUAUAUCAGUCCAUCUGUUCUCACCGGAGAUGAAUUACGCCCUGAUCUUUUGAUAACACUUGAAAACAAAUAUAUUUAUAUACUUGAACUUACG